AUAAAAUAUUACAAUAUUCUAAAACGGCACUUGGAAAACAACUGCCGAAGUAAAUGUGGGUAAAUUUCAGCGAGCUGAAGAAGGUGUGUUCGCUAGAACUGUUGUUUAUGUCAAUUUCAGGGCCAGCGGUUUCAAUCUCUCUCUAGCCGCAAUUUUAGGAGAAGAUCAUGUAGGCAAUUAUUACAUCUACUCUCUGUCUAGUUUGGUAUUAUAAUUGUCCACAAAUAGCUCCCUUCAUAAUUCGAAACGCUUUUCAUCGCCACAAGUCAAUGACGAUGGGUACACGCCCAGUUUUGCGGAGUUUAAUCAACGAACUUUUAGUAGUUCAGAAAUAUUUUUCAACAUCCAGGAACUGCAAGCUUCUUAUGGGCCGCUUGCAUCAAAACACCAGAUGUUCCGCAAGAUUUUUCAGUUCAUCAGCUGUGGGAAAUCAGCAAUCUCGUCAGGAAGAAAGCAAAGAAGAACGUUUUCAUAAACAAAGGAGAAAUAUAGGGCUUGUCAUCGGAUCAUCUGUCGGCCUGAUUAGUUCGCUGUAUUUUUUACUCAGAAGACUAAAUCAAGCUCGUGCCGAAGGGAAAAAUCUUCCCAUUGAUUCUAACCCUGAAAGAAACGUGGUUGAAAGUCAAGAUAAGGGAGAGGACGAGACAGAAGGGAAACGGAAGAAGGAUAGACAUGGAUUCAAAGAGAGGAGGAUUAUUGAGUAUGAAAAUCGAAUCAGACAAUACAGUACUCCAGACAAGGUGUUCAGAUACUUUGCAACACUAAAAGUUGUGCACAUUGGUGGGGACAAUGAGGUGUUCAUGACACCUGAGGAUUUUGUGAGGUCAUUGACUCCAGGAAAAAUUCAACCAGCUGGAUUGGGACUUGACGAACAUGAAAGAUUUAAUCCAGAGAAACACUAGUAUAAAGGAGAGCUUUCUGAACGCUUGGGCCAGGAGAGUGUUUUUUUGAGAAUGGGAGAAUAUGGCCUAAUUUCCUUCUCAGACUACAUCUUUCUUCUAACAGUUUUAUCCUUGCCACCCAGAAUGUUUGAAAUUGCAUUCCAAAUGUUUGAUUUGAAUGGAGAUGGAGAAGUUUCACCUGAGGAAUUUGAAAAGGUUCAGAAUAUCCUUUUUAGCAUGACUCAAACUGGGAUGCGGCAUCGUGAUCAUGCAGUGACAGGUAGUGUCCUAUCUGCACAUGUGAACAGUGGUAUCAAAGAGUACUUUUUUGGAAAAGAUUUGAAGAAGAGGCUGACUGUGCAAAGAUUCAUAGAGUUUCAAAGAAAUUUACAACAAGAAGUCAUGUAUCUGGAGUUCAAUUCCUAUGACCCUGAGGAUGGCCGUAUUAAAGAAUGGGAGUUUGCAGACAUGCUUCUUACUUACUCUAGUUUCCAUGAAAAGAAGAAAGUGAAAAUUUUGAGAAAAGUAAAGAAAAUUUUUAAAGAAAAUCCUCAGGGAAUAACAUUCAAAGAUUACUUGGCAUUCUUCAGCUUCAUGAGAAACAUUUCUGAAGCAGAUAUGGCUUUGAGUUUUCACAAUGCAGCAGGCAAAGCGAUUGACCCAGAAACAUUCAAGCAGGUUGCAAAGACAGUGACAGAUGUUAACUUGAGUGAUAAUGUGGUUGACGUUGUAUACAAGAUGUUUGAUGAAAAUGAUGAUGGUGUUCUUAGUCACAGAGAAUUUAUUGUUGUGAUGAAGAAUCAACUUGUCAGAGGAUUAGAAAAUCCUAAGGAUACAGGUUUUAGUAGACUGAUGCAGGCCAUUUGGCACUGUGGAAAACACAUGACAUAUACCACACUGCAUCCAAAGAAACAAUCUACUGAGGACUAAGAAAUUAUCUUGUUGGACACAAAGAUCAGAAUGCUGCCAUGAAAAUUGAUUUGCUGCUUGUCUCAGUAUUGAGUAAAUUACAAAUAAAAGGAUUUAAUUGAAGGAGUGAGGUUCAUGCACUAGCCUGCAAUAAUGGUGUACAUUAACAGUCAUCUUUUAAUAACGUUCAUAAGGAGCUGACAAAUUGUGGCUUGUAUGAAUAAUGUAAAGAUUUUGAAUUCCAAGCAUUAACCGUUAUGGCCAGUAAUUUUUAGCUGGCAUGGGAGUUUGCCCAUUUGUUGCAUGAAAUAAUGUAACACCUUGAAACUGUUUGCAAGUCAUAGAAAGAAGUGAAUUUGAAUAAUCUUUACAAAGAAGUACAACUCUUCUAUUUAGUGUAUUCAUUUGAUUGUAAGGUGACUUGAAUUAAUUUCAAAUAGCUUCUAGGUACCUGGAAGAAAUCCCUCCUAAAAUAUGGAUGUUUUUCUUAAAGAUAUGAGAAGUUAAAAUAAUGGCAUUAUUAAUAAGAUUACAUGCUUUGACAGCUAGUAUGAAGCACAUUUUGAUAUUAAUAACCUUGAAGACACAUAUUAAGAAUGGUAACAUAACGGAUUGGAGUACAGUGUGGUUUUUUAACAAUAUAACUUGGAGUUUGGUUUCAAGUGGGAAUGAUACAAAGUUUAUUAUAAAGCCAACCAUAUUGGAAAAUUCUUCACAAGGGAAUGGUACCUGACUAAUGAAUGAAUGAAUCUACCUGACUAAGUUUUUGAAAAAAUAUUUUUUAAUGAAAAUGUUGAACAAAGAGCUGAUUAGUAAAUCUUAACAUCUCACCUAGCUAACUCAAAAACCUUCGCAAGGGAUGCAUAGAGUGGAAAGUUGGAAGUAAGGAGUAAAAUAAAUCCCAUUGAAAGAAUUGUACAUGUAAACUACUUCUUGCCAAUUAAGACAGCUACAGAGUUA